AUGAACAGAGAGGAGCAUUACUACCCCCCCUCGCAGCUGUACCAGAGAGCUACCGCCCCCACCGAGAGCUACAGCCACAGCCCGCCGCCCUGCCUCUACAUGGGCCGCCAGGCGCAGUACGCCGCGCCGCCCCUCGGCCCGAUGGACCAGCCGGCCUUGCCCGACAUCGUCCCGUAUGAAAUACCCCUGAUACGGGAGGACCCGGCGGCGGCGCAGAUGCAGCAUCCCGCGGCCCCUCAGCCGCCCCUGCAGCCGGGAGCGGGGUACGGAGAGCCGGCGGACCUGGCGGUGCUGACGGACAGGAGCCGCUACCAGCUGCCCUUCCCCUGGAUGAAAUCCACCAAGUCUCACGCGCACACCUGGAGAGGCCAGUGGGCAGGCCCCUACAUGGUGGAGGCGGAGGAGAGCAAGCGCACGCGGACUGCGUACACGCGCGCUCAGCUGCUGGAGCUGGAGAAGGAGUUCCUGUUCAGCAAGUACAUCUCGCGGCCGCGGCGGGUGGAGCUGGCCGUCAUGCUCAACCUGACCGAGCGCCACAUCAAGAUCUGGUUCCAGAACCGCCGCAUGAAGUGGAAGAAGGAGGAGGACAAGAAGCGGGUUCGAGGGGCGGACCCCGAGCAGGACUCCUCCAUCACCUCCGGGGACCUGAAGGACGAGCUGAGCGGGGGUAUCUCUGCAACAAGCGGACAUCUCUCCACCACGCCGCCGAAGACCUCGAUAAACUCCUCGUAGGACAGCGAGUUGACUGUCUCGAUGUCCAUCUCUCGGAUUCUCAG